ACGGGCGGCAGCCAGUGAAAAAAAAGACGCUUUACGCGCGCCCGCGGUCACAGUUGUGGUAGAACAGUGGUAGCGAGUGCAGGGACCAUGGCUGGUGGCAAGGCAGGCAAGGACUCCGGCAAGGCGAAAGCCAAGGCAGUGUCACGCUCGGCUCGGGCUGGUCUGCAGUUCCCCGUGGGCCGUAUCCACAGGCACCUGAAGAACAGAACCACCAGUCAUGGCAGGGUCGGGGCCACGGCGGCGGUGUACAGCGCCGCCAUUCUGGAAUAUCUCACUGCUGAGGUUUUGGAAUUGGCCGGGAAUGCUUCCAAAGAUCUGAAGGUGAAGCGUAUCACCCCGCGCCAUCUACAGCUGGCCAUCCGUGGUGACGAGGAAUUGGACUCCCUCAUCAAGGCCACCAUUGCCGGCGGCGGUGUCAUCCCCCACAUCCACAAGUCCCUUAUUGGCAAGAAGGGUUCACAGAAACCUGUAUAAGCCGCCUUUGGCCUCCUAGGUUUUAGUGGGCUGGGAGACUGGCCGUCUAGCAUUAAGUUGUGUGACUGGGUCAGCUUGUUUGGCCAGAGUGAGGAUGCUUUGUUUGUACGUCGGUGAUAGAUGCGAGGCAGAGGUGGGCGCCCUGCCACCCCCAGGGAGUGCCGCCUUGCCCCUUGUUACCUCCCCAUCUUACUUCUGUUCUACCUCCGAAGUUUUGUCUGACCUGCCUCCCUCCACCCUGAGGCAGGCGCAGUAGUAGGCACCUCUGAGGGGUCUUGUGUUGCUCAGUGAGGUAAAUUCGAUCAGCCCUGCGGCCAACGCAUUGUUUUCAUUGAAAGUAAUCUUAGUCUAUGUUCUUAAGUUUGUCUAAUAUGGUUUUAUUAGUAUUUUAUUUUGUUGAAAAUUUCAAUCAGAAGGUAUAAGGAGUGGCAUUCCUCCUUCUUCACUUUAAAAGUGUCAUGUAUUACUUGAAGUACAAUUUUCAGUGUUUUGAUAAUGUGUAGAGUAAGUCCCACUAUACAUAUUGUAAUUAGUGCAUUCUCUACAAUAUAAUGUAUAUUCAUUUUUUA